AUGCGUGAAAGAGGAGGCAAAGUUGGCUUGUGCAGAUUACAAUGGUUUUUCUCGAUUAUCUUUAUUGCUUUUGUGAUAGCUGUGGCAUGUUUUGUGAACGAGGCGGAAUCAGUGCGCGAGUCGAAGGCUGUGAAAAACUCUAAAUCCAACAAAGAAAAGGUAAAACUAUUUGAAAAAGCGAUUAUGAAAGGAGUUGUUUACUGGAAAUCAAAUGCAGGACUAAGGAAAGAGGUGAUCUUAAGAUGUUUUGAAGAUGUUAGGUCGAAUGGGUACCGGAGAGGUGUAUUAUUUUAUCGCACGCGCUUCAUCUGACAUCAAAACAAAAACUAAGGGUUGCUUACUUAAUAAAGAGGGUUACAUUUGUCUUCGGAGAUUCAUUGGCGAUAGGCCGGGGAGUUAGCUUUAUUCAUGUGUCGUGAUAGAAUGUUUUCUCAGUUAACGCACAGACAAGUUGUUGUUCAAAGUUGUCAAUGGCCUGAACUUAAUGAAAUCAGUUCUCCAGUCUCGCUAGAUAUUGGUUACUGAUAGCCACCCAGAAUUAAAGCAGGCUUUAUCAACAAUGAUAUUGCGUGGCAAACUAAAAAUAAUAUGAUCAUUAGUUGUUAAAAAGUUCUUAUAUUCAUCUCUCAACUGUGUGUAUACAUAAAACUGUAUAAAAUAUCCUUAAACCAAAUAUUUCCUUUACAAAUCAGAAUUUGACGGGUGAUAGCGGAUGUGAUAACAGUAGAAUAAUAUUAACAGUACAAUUCGGAUUUAAAUCUUCAUAUCAUUGGUAAUAAAACAUUAUGUAAUAGAAUAUGCAAUAUUUAUCGGUAUAUUUCCUUAAACAGGACGCCGGACAAAAGGAAAUAAUCCAUUUUGUUUUUAAAAUGCUUUUUGUCUGACCGAGAGAAAUGUUACAACUGGAAACGUGAAUUUCGCAAGACAACAGAUGUGAUUUCUAUUUGUUUACCACAAAUGUUUCGCUUUCCUAUGUUAAAAAAAAACAAAGAAAAUUCAUGGUUUAAAGAAAGAUAACGAAGAGCAAACAUUUUGAAAGUUACUCUGCGAAUCUGAGAAUUUUCUCAUUUAUUUUCCUUGCGGCUUUUCAUUUGUUUUGUGUUGUUUUUUCCGCACCAGGGGAAAUGCAGAAUCCUACAAGAUAAGGAGAAAUAUUACUACGUGCAAUGUGGCGGAGAAGGAAAGAAAAAGAAAAGUUCGGGCUCGGGAAAAGAAAAUGAAAAACGCCCGGGUGGUGAGGUAAGUCAGAACACGGACAUUACUCAUAGUUUAAUGGAAUCUCCCUAUAAGCAAAUAAAAACGCUCAAGUUUAAUGGGUUCUCUUUAUUACAAAAUGAAGUAAAUUUCACGAAUUUAAAAACAACAACAACAACAACAUUACGCAAACCCGCAGACUACAAACAUUAUUGAUAGCAUUUCUUUCUAAACAAAUUCCGAUGCUGGCAAAGACUCGUCACGUUUUGUUUGAUCGAGGUCACAUAGAAAACUGUGGGAGUUUGAACUUUGUUCGUCAGUUAAUGAUACAUCUAUUUGGAUAUUAUGUAAUUUGGGUGUUUUCUUCACAAACAUAAAAAUGAGAAAAUCAAAUUAAAGAACCUGUUCACAAUAAGGAUUUCAUUCUUUCUUUCCUUCCAAUUGUCUCCUUUAUGGCGUUAUGAGUUAUAGUGUGAUCAAAAAAACAAGUUUGGUUUCAACACUAAAACCCGAUAUUUUUCGAACUCUUCAACAAAAAGUUGGGCAGCUUUUACAAGGCCAAGUUUCAUCUCCUUUCCUUGUUUUCUCUCGAUUUACACAAAGCCCUUCUGAGGUGGUACAAUUGACGCCCUGUAUUAAAGCACUAAACUGUUAAAACAUUUUGUCGUAUUCUCGAUACUCUUGUUUGAGGACAAACCUUUCAUCAUGUCCUCAGACAGUCGGUUCAAGUAGAAACCGAAGUAGUUAACUUUUUCAGUGUAAAGUCGGGUUGCAUUGUGCAAAGUAGAUGAACACACUCUUAGUCGCCCUUCGUGCAAACUUAACUCGUUCUUUUUAAAUUUCGUUUCUUGUUUAACCCUUUUUCUGGAUUUAAUUUUAUAAGGUGCCAAGCGCAGCGUGAAAUAUCCGGACAACGCGUUUCAGUAAUUAAUUAAAGUAUAUUACAGCUUUACCGCCAAAGAGGUUUUCUCGAAGAUUCCUUCUCAAAUUUAAACCCUAACCCUUUCCGCUUUUUCUUGAAAUGGCUUUCUGAUGAAAUUACUUCUGUUAGUACAUAUCAACGAUUUCAAAACUAGAUUCUAACGAAUACAACAUAAAGCAAGUUAACUACUUUUUUCCGGUAUCGAGUUGACACCGCAUGAGUCAAAACUAACACAUGAUCUGAAUUUUCCUCGUUUUUCAUCAAUUCACCGGCUAAAGAACUCUAUCAUCGGCUAUGUGUUUGUGAUGUAUCUACUGCCGAAGAAGUAUUUCAUUGUCACUCUCCACAGCUUGUAAGCGAUUUUAAACCCAUUGUACCUCAUCGUAGUUCGUUCUACAAAUUCUUCGCAAAUUUUUCACGCCCAGUCGUAUGGACCCCUGUAAUGGCUUAAAACAUAUGCUGCUUCACAAAUGUCCUUUAUUUUGUAGCUUCUCUCCUUCUACCCUUCAAAGUCUAUCCUAUACUUAUCGCUCAUUAGAUGGGGACACCUGAAUGUAUUAAUUUCACAAUGUGAUGCGCUGAUUUGCGACAUGUGUUUUAGUCGGAAAUCUCUAUUUGAGUACAGUUGACCGACCAAGCCGAUAACCAUACCUUAUGAUGUGGUAAUUAGAUACCUAAAAAUUACUCACUUAGUUAGUAUCAAACACGUUUCAGCCAAAUAAGAGUUUUAAGCAUGUUUGGAACGCCAUCUGAAUCAUUCGACUUUUUGAACUCUAAAAAGUUGCAUUGAUUGCACGCUGCCUUUUUUUAAAGCCUUCUUUACUUACUGCUCCUACUUUAGCCUCCGAGAAAGACCUCAUUAUUAUUAAAGCUGCCAAACCCGCGUUUCUCAGCCCGCGGGAAGAUUUGAGACAAGCCGGGUAGAGGUUUGCCGGGUUUCCCUGUACCAGACCCUUGGAAUAUCUCUUGCCAGCUGGGGUUGAACAUUAUUUAGACAUAUACUCAAUAUUAUUGGUCGUUCUUUGUAUUUUCACUACCCCAGCAGGAUCGUUAAAAUUCGGUAAAAUUUUUAAAAAUCCUCGACGAUAUUACACAUCAAAACAUCUCACAACUUAUAUGCCUUCAUUAAUACUGUUUCUUGUGGUCGUCAACAGUGCUCCAGUGAAUGUCGCGGGAGACGUGGGCCGAGAGGCCAGCGAGGACGGACUGGGUCAAAAGGACAGCCAGGCCCUAAAGGACCAAGGGGACCCCCGGUCAGUACAUACUUUGUGCGUUACCUUGCCCUGAUAUCGUAAAAUGGUAUAAAAGUGGAGUGAUGAAUGUUUUUAUUCAUAUUUAUUCAUUUAUUUUAGGGAGCGAAUGGGCGAGAUGGACGGAAUGGGCAACCAGGACCUCAAGGACUUGUGAGUAAAUGAAGCUUACCUACUUUCAGUUGUGAACGUUCUAAACAAAGCAAAAAGGCUUUAGUCUGUCACCAGUUUAGCUAACUCAGAGAGUCUACUGAAGAAUCUGACAUCACAAAGGAUAUCAGGUCAAAUUUCACAGUGGCCUAAAAGUCUUUACAAUUGUGAAAAAAAAAGUUUUCCCGCUUGAAAUGAAAAAAGAUUCAAGCAGUGUAUAACCUUUUACCAAAAGAUUAUGUUCUCUUGCCUUCCACAGAUUACGAAAGGGCAAAAAAAAUUGACGUUGGCAUCACUUUAAAUAAUCCCCACUGACAUUCCCGAAAAGUUCCCUCACUUCAAUCUUCCUCCCAUUUAUCCACUUAUGGUUAUUUGCUUCAUAUUUUUCAAGCCUGGACCGCCAUCAGUACAGGGAGCUCCUGGAAACAAGGGGAUCAUGGGACAGAAGGGAGAACAAGUAUGAACUUAAUGCAAACUUAAUGCUUGUAGUAAAUAUUUUUGACACCAUUUUUGCGACUGCAUUUUGUCAUUCUCAUCUGUAGAAAUAUCCAUUUAAUGAGUACGUUGGGUCUCAAUUGAAGACACAGUAGACUUGAGUAAAAACUUAUGGAGUUCACUGAAAAUCUUAUUGGACAAUAGUUCAAUUUGACGGACGUUAAUGGAGCAAGGACAUUUACUUUCAGCGUUAGGUUUUUGAAAAUUCAUUAUUUCUGCCGAGUUCAUUGAAACGAUACUAAAACUAAAAUCAAUGCAUUUACCAACGUUCUCCAAGGUCAACUUAUUAAGAUCUUAAAAUAUAAAUAUGUCUACCAGACAGUUUGUUACCCUUGUCACUUUGAAAUGUCCAUUAUAAAAAUGAUUACGCCUUUUCGUAGGAUGUAACAGCUCAAGAAAUAGUCUAUUUUUAUGCGUUUUUGAUGUAUCUAACACGUUGUCUUCAUCUUUCCGCACUGAUAGUUAGGACUUUUAGAUGUCUGCUAUUUUCGAAACUUUCCCAGACAUUGUGACGCCUUUAUCUAUUUUAGGGACUUCGUGGCCCAGCCGGUAUUCCAGGCCCUCCCGGUACACCAGGGGGCUGUGUGAGAUCAGCGUCAUCCAACACCACUACCCCCACAGUAUUUUGCGUACCAGGUAAACAAGGUCUUAAAGGAAAUAAAGGGGACAACGGAAACCGUGGAUUACCGGGCCCCCCUGGGUCGCGAGGAAACAGAGGCCCACGAGGAUAUAGGGGUAACGGAGGCCCCCCUGGGAAAAAGGGUGACAUUGGGCCCCCAGGCAACUUUUCUGAUCUGGAAUGUUUCCCUCGGUACACCAGCUGGGUAAAUAGAAGUGAGUGGUUCGAUAAAUAUCCGGAGGUCCAUUGUGACAGGAGAGAAUUCUUACAAGGCUACAGUCUAGAAAUAAGUGAUGCUCGCGGGCAGAGAAGAUUCAAAUACACUUGUUGUACACUUAGGCUGACCAAUAGUCCUUGAAAAGCUCAGCAAAUGAACUGAGUGACGACUGAAAUAAACAGCCAACAAACAAUGACUCGACUCUCAACAAACAAUGGACGGAAAUUUUGAUUAAUGACAAAGUUGAAGAUAGUAUCUCUGAAGAAACAUGAGAUGAGACAAAAGGAUUUUUUAUGCAUUGAAAUGAAGAUACAUAUAGUUAACACCUGUGGGAUAACAUUUCUUGACUAUCCGUGCCCACGUAAAAAAUUUAUCAACUGUAGUCAAGUUUAAUCAGAAGCCAGAAAUUAUUGCUCCUGACGUACACAAUUACAUUUGAUGUAAUCUUCCUCAGAGAUUAUAGAUAAACAGUCAUACAGAAACCAAAAUGACGCGUUGCGCUAAAAGGUCGACGGAAAGAUAUUUGCUUCCAAAUCACGUUAUCUUAGUCUUUAAAAAACAAGAAUAUGUAUCAUCGUGCCAUAUUCACCAUAAUGACGAUUAAUUGUACGUAGUACGCUGUGAAUUAGGAUUUCAGUUUUUUGUUUCAAGGGUGUGGGCUAUCAGCUGGGCACUAAUGCGAGCAUUGAUUUGCUCCAAAAAGCAGUUGAGAUAGAAGACAGUUACAGAUCAUUAGAGUUACUUAAACAUACUCCAAAAUAAAUGUGAGAGUUACGAUGUUAGAGCCUUUGACUCACUGCUCUUUCUAACGCCAUUGUAAAAAUUACCGGAGGAAGGCUAUAGAAGCUUGGGCUGCACGCGCACUUGGGUGUUUGGAUAAAAGUCACCCCUAGUUUCCGAAUUCUGGACCAUCCAUUCUAGUCUCGACGUUUCUAUCGCACAACAGGUUUUUAUCAAGUUUCAAGGCUUUGAGCGUCAGGUGCUGAAAUAUUUGCUUCGAGAAGGAUUUAUAUAAUGUAAAGAAAUAUUGAAUGUCUUUUUCCUCUGUGGCGGCUAUGUUGUAAUCCUUUUAAAAUAACUCAGUUAAUGAUAAAGGGUUUUUCUCAUCCUUCAAUCGUUGACCUUUACACAAUUUUCGCAGCACCUGAUGUUUCCUGAACCCAUAGUUAUCGUAACUUGGUUUGAGAAAUAAAAGUUGCAACUAC